CGGGCGUUCCCCCUGAAGAAGCCGCGGCCCCAGAGCCCCGCGAGGCUGGCGGAGGUAUCAGCCUCCUCAGAUCCCGGCUCUCCUAGGGAAGAAGAGGGGAGCCUUCUGCUCCCCAGAACCUGCCACCUGCAGUCAGGGCCACGCCGUCACAGGCACCGGGCGCUCAGUGAGCCAGCAGCCCUGAGCCCGGACAGGGCGGCCCCUCCCAGGACCCCGGAGGACACUCCCUUGCUGCUUGAGCUGCAGAAACUGCCAAGAUUGGCCAACACAGACUUGAGCACCCCGAACCCCAGUAUCCAGGUGACCAUUGAGGUGGUGGAGGGUCCCCAGGCCGAGGUGGAGAUGGACCUGCUGGCCGAGCCCAGCAGGCGCUGGCCCCAGGGUGCUUCAUGCUGGCUGCCCGCCGAGGAGCUCUUCUGGCCCCUGUUCUGGGGCUACCUGGAGGGCGAGGAGGGGAGGACUGAUCUCAAGGGCAGAGCCCCAGGAGAAGAAGAGGAAGAAGAGGAGGAGGAGGAGGACGAGGAGGACGAUUACCCUGCAGAGGACGGCCAGAGUGGCCAGGAGGACAGCGACGAGGAAGAGUGCGACUAUGAGCUUCCAGCGGAGUGGAGCCCCUGGUCUCCCUGCAGUGGGAGCUGUAGCAGCGGCAGCCGGAGGAGGACUCGGCCCUGCGGCUUCGCCUCCACCGCCACCGAGUACCGUGCCUGCGACCUGCCCCCUUGUCCUGGCACCGAGGACAAGGACCCCUUGGGCUUCCCCAGUGAGGGCUGGCAGCCCCUGGCCCACAAUGCUACGGACAUACUUGGCCCAGAUGUGGACAGCUGUGAGAAGUGGCUGAACUGCGAGAGCGAGUUCCUGGCCAAGUACCUGACGGUGCUGCAGGAGCGGCCCAGCUGCCCCUGCACGUACCCGCUGGAGGCUGUGUCCAGCGCCAUGAGCCUGCAGGAUGAGCACCGGGGCCGCAGCUUCUGCUGGAGGGACACGAGCGGCCUGCGCGAGCACCUGGACGUGUACCAGCCCACGGCGUGCUUCUGCCUGCGCUCCCUGCUCUCGGUGGAGAGAAGCACCCUGGCCGCCCAGCACUGCUGCUACGAUGCGGGCAGCUGGCUGCUGACCCCGGGCAAGGGGGCUGGCACGCCCGACCUCGUCAGCACCGACUUCUCGCCUGAGCUACACUUCAAGGUGGACACGCUGCCCUGGAUCCUGUGCAAGGGGGACUGGAGCCGCUACCAUGCCGUGCGGCCCCCCAACAACGGCCGGGCCUGCGCCGACAACCCGCCCGAGGACGAGUACCUGGCCCAGUUGCAGGAGGCCAAGGAGUACUAAGGGGGGGGGGGGGGCACUGUGCCCUAGACCCUGCCUCUGCGGACCCCUCGCCCUGCCUCCGUCUCCGCCUGGACCCGGGGAGGCCAGCCUGGUGCCACAGGCCCCCCGCCAGUGAACCCCAGGCAGGUCGGCACCCCGGGUGUCGGUGUGGGGUUGGGGACAAGGUCGAGGGGUGUACAGGGCCCAGGGCGAGGGAGAGCACUCGCUCCCCGAGGUGUCUGGGUGUACCGGGGAAAUGUGUGUCUGUAGGGACUGCCUUCUCCGGCCCGCUGUGAGGCAGUGUCCCAGCCUCGCCACUCGUUUUCUUCCCUCUCCCCCUGCGCUGGCUCUCCGCGCACAUCGUGAGUCCCAGAACCUGUGGUGGGAUGCCCGGGUCCCGAGGCCCUACAGCUGCCCCUGGUCAGGCUGGCAGCCAGCCUAGUGAGCAGUCCCCCUUACCUCUGGGUGGUCGCACGAGGCCCUCUUGCCCCACCUCUGCUGGGAGCCACCACAGACCAGGGCCCGGUCCAUAACAGGUUACCUUCAGCUCUGAGCUGCCUUUCGGGUAUAGGGCUGAAGUGAAUCCGUGGGGGCAAAUGUGGACAGACAGGCUGAGGCGGCCUAGACAAGGGCUGGCUCCAGGCAGGGAAUAGGCCAACCAAUGCGGGUCCCUUCCUUUGUCCAGCACCUCUGUUCUGUUCGGGUUGUAGACGUGUGCAGGCCUGGGAGAUGGUGCGGCUUGGGGCGGACUCAGAAUUGGCUCAGGAGGUGUGCCCCACCGUGAACUGGUAAACCAGUUCUCUGGACAGGGUUGGUGGCAGGCAAGCCCAGAUUUGGGCGAUUUCUGUGGUGUAAACGCUCCCACCAUGGCCCACUUCAGGCUCCUGAGCUGAUGUUGCUGAAGGCACUGAGCUCAGAGCUGGGAAGAGAGGCACAUAAUCAGCUCUCCUACACACCUGUCCCCUCACCCCCCGAACCGUACUUCCUUGCCUUGUGUGGACUGGAAAUGCUGUGGUCCCAACUGUCCUGUUCACGAAAGCUUCUAAAGGUGGGGACCUCAGCCUCUAGAUGGCUGCCCUGAAGCUCUGUGUGACCUCAGCA